AGUGACAGAGGAAAUGGAGAAAGGAAGAGCUGUGAAGAACCAAAUAGCGUUAUGGGACCUGCUUUUGGACGGAAGAAUCAAACUGCAGAAGGCCCUGCUCACCACCAACCAGCUUCCACAGCCAGAUAUGUUCCCCAUAUUCAAGGACAAAGGAGGAUCAGAGCUUGCCAGAAUCCUGAAAAACAAUCAUAAGGCACUUAAAGCAUUAUUGAGGUCUCUGGUGGAUCUUCAGGAUGAACUGUUUUACCAGCAUCCAGACACGAGGCACCUGUUAGGUAGGAAAAAACCCAAAGCAGAGAGUGAGGAGGAAAUUUCCAGUGAAGAGGAGGAGGAAUUGCUUGCUGAGGAGGGACAGCAGCAGCAGCAGCUGUGGAGGAAAGGGCCACCUAAGCAGAAGAAGCUAGAGAUGAGUGACUACCCUGACUUCAUGGCAAAACGCUUUGCUGAUUUCACAUCCUAUCGUAACCGGACACUGCAAAAAUGGCACGGCAAAACCAAAUUGGCUUCUGGCAAGCCGGGAAAGGGUUUUGGAGCCUUUGAGCGCCCAAUCCUGACUCAGAUAGAUCAUAUUCUGAUGGACAAAGAGAGAUUACUUCAGCGGACGCAGACUAAGCGCUGUUUGUACCGUGUUCUUGGCAAGGCCGAGCCAGAACUCCAGCCUAUCCCCGACAGCGUGCCAGGACAGCAGGAGAUUUUGCCUCAGGCUCCAGCCAACACUCACUUGAAGGACCUGGAUGAAGAGAUCUUUGAUGAUGAUGACUUUUACCACCAGCUUCUGCGAGAACUUAUAGAACGGAAGACCAGUUCCUUGGAUCUGAAUGAUCAGUUGGCCAUGGCCGGGCAAUGGCUGGCUAUUCAGAAGUUACGGAGUAAAAUUCACAAGAAAGUGGAUAGGAAAGCCAGCAAAGGAAGAAAACUCCGGUAUCAUGUCCAGCUGCUGAGCUUCAUGGCACCUACUGACCACACUACAGUGAAUGAUGAUGCCAGGGUUUAGUGUGCUGUGGCUCGUGUCAUUUUCACACAUCCUAUCUCGCCUGGAUUUCUGUGUCAGCCUCCUUGCUGACC